AUGCCACCGAACGAUCUGGUUGUCGACGAGGCUUGCACUGGUUGCGAGAAUCCCUGCGAGGAGCACAAAGCGUUCCCGGGGAGUCUCCACAUUGAUACCUAUUCAUCGUUGCUAGGCACGGUGAAAUCGUACGGAAGACACAUUUUGAUUGCUACAGGACAGUCGGAUUGGCCAAAAAAGAUUGAAGACGAUGCGACGAGUGUUGCGGGUGCCAUCUCUAGAGCGCAAGCGAGCCAGUCCUCUUUUUUGCGUAAUUUAAUCACCAACACAUCCCUUGUUACACAAUAUUCCACGAUCCCUAAUGCGUGCGAUGUGAUCGUACUGCCUGAUAAUUUACUUGUGUCCAACGUGACCGUCGAGAAUGCGCAGCUAUUUUUCGAUACUUUUAUUGCGAAACCUCUGCCAGAGACACCCCUCGAUCCAGCUUCCUUCAAUCUCGAGCAGAUCCACGUUCGCACGAAUCCCUACGCUUCGCUUGUAUUAAUAUGCUCUCAUAAAAAGAGAGAUAAACGAUGCGGGGUCACGGCCCCCAUUCUGGCCCAAGAAUUCGACAAUGUAUUACGAAGCAAGGACAUCGAUGAAGGCGAAGGCGGGACAGCAGUGCUCAUGGUUAGCCAUAUUGGAGGACACAAAUUUGCAGGCAAUGUCAUUUGCUACACACAUCAGGGCACGCGCGGUAUCUGGUAUGGUCGAGUCCGUUCAUGUCAUUGCCAAUCGAUAGUGGAAGAAACCAUCCUUGGCGGGAAAGUGAUCAUGGAACUCUAUCGAGGAGCGAUGGAUCACAGUUUUGACCUGGCAUCAAAAAGUAAACAUGCGAGUACCAGUUGGUAA